UAUUAUUCAUGUCCACUAACACUGCAGUCAUUGAACAGAUUAUGCCGUGAAAUCAACUACUUUUUUUUUUUUUUUUUAGCAUUUACGAUCGACGUUGCCACUGCAAACUGCUCCGUUACUUUCCUGCAGACAGUCAUCGCUCACUCUUGCUAGCUAGAAAGUGUUUCAAAGAAGAAGAAAAGAGCUGAGAAGUGACGCCUUGUGGAGGAAUCUGUAAAAAGAGAGAGAGAGAGAAAGUUGAAGGAGGAGGAGGGGGGCUUCUUCAGUACCGUAGCUUGCCUGUUACACUAGCUUACCGUCAACUUUAGCUGCAGAAGAAAAAAAAGGGCACCGUCAUCACAGGGAAAUGAAAGCCUGUGUGCCAUCAUGGAGGGACCGACUUUAAUGGUGUUGCCCAUGAAUGACAAAAACCGGCAGACUUCUUCAGAUCUAACCCCAGGCCAGCGACCUCUGAGUGGGUCACCAAGAACUGCAGAGGAAGAGAGAAGAUUUUUCUUUUUUGGUUGAACUGGCUACUCCUCACGUUGAUGUCAAUGUAGUUUAGCUGAUUGAUAUUACUGUGGCUACCUGAUAAAAGGGUAUACUUACUCAUAUUUUUUGACUGACAUAUUCAAGUGAGAAUCAAAAGCUGGUUUGAUCAGAGAUAAUCUUCUGGCUCGGCUUAUUCAUGCCCGUCAUGAGUGUACCUGCCCAGCAGAAAGCCAGCACUAAAAGAACAGGCAAACGCAUCACGUUUUUCAACGAGCAAAGCGUAGCAAUGAAGGAGACCUCUCAACAUCCUGAAGGAUCCUAUUACGUUCCAGGUGGUACUGCUUCAGACCCCGGACAGAGCGAGGCUGCGAGUACUGUGACUUCUAAUCCAGAGGGCCCUCACAUGUACCUCAACUCUGUCAUCUUCAGUCCUGAUAAGGGUGACCAAAACAGAGGUCAUUAUCAGCAGACAGUGCCUAUGAAGUGGACUCAUCAAGAGCCCAGUCAGCAGCAGCCAUCACUGUCCCAGCAGCAGAGAGCUGCCUCCUGGACCACAAUGACGAAUUGGGGACAGAACUUUGCUAAUUACAUCGGAGUUAAUGUAACGGACUCAAGGACCCAGACUGCAUUUGUGAAAUCGAUGCACGACACAUCUGGCUUACAGCCACAUCAACAGCCUCCUAACAGAGCUGCAGACAAGCAGCCACUGGGGCCCAACCCGACAGUGGAAGCCUACAGGGAUGCUCGGGGCCUGGACUGGGAGCAGCAGCAGCAGCAGCAGUCCCAGGCUUUUCAAGAGACGUUGAAACCUGGGGCACUGAACACCCAGCAGCACAGCGCAUCCCACCCUGGAGGGAGCUCAGUGUUGCAGCCCUUUCAGUUGGCUUUUGGUCAGCCCAAGCAGCACCUGCCAGCCUACUAUCAGACCUUCCACGGCAACAGGACAACCCUGCCUAACCCACCUAACUACUCAGCACAGGCCAAACCCCCACAACAGUUACAGCAGCUGCAGAAGCAGGAGCAAAUACAGCGCCAGCAACAGCAGCAACAUCACCUAAUUCAGCAACAAAUUCAACAACAGCACCAUCAAAUGCAGCAACAGCAACAACUCAUUCAGCGUCAACAACAUGUACAGAAGCAGCUACAACAGCAGCAGCAGCAGCAACUACAGCACGAGCAGCAGCAACAAAAGAUACAGCAACAGCAACAACAGCAGCAGCAAAUACAACAGCAGCAGCAGCAACAGCUCCAAAUUCAGCAGCAAAUGCAACAUCAGCAGUUGCAACAAAAAAACCCUCAUGUGCUUGACUAUUACCCCGCUGCACAAAAUGCACACCCUCACCCUCAUCCACAACCUGUGGUGGUACACUCCCAGGAGUCCUCCGCUCCAGCUCCCCCAAAGAUCCAGGAACCAAUCAUCCAGGACAUCACCCCAGAACCCCAGCAGCCUUCGGAUCCGCUGCAGCCCCCUCUCCAGUCUGAGCCCUUGUCUCAGUCGCAGCCCCAGACGACGCAGCUCCAGUCUCAGCAGCAGCUUCGCCGAUCGCGGCGGCUCUCCAAGGAAGGAGGGGCGCCGUCUGACAACCCUUUCCUUGCCUCUUCGGAUCAGCCCGCCCCGGCACUGCAGGGCUCCCAGAACGGGGCCCGGGACAUCCAGGCAGCCCCGACGGGUGUCAUCCAGAGCACGCGCAGGAAACGCAGGGUCUCCCAGGAGGUCAACCUGGAGACCCUUGCUCAGAAGGCCUCAGAAAUGGAGUCUUUACCAUCACAUGUUGUAAAGGAGCCCCACAGGCCGUGGAGUCCCACUGAAUCAGAGGGUCUGAACGCCAAGCGGUCUCGAGAUGAGAGCCUCCUUCCACUCGUCAUCCCCGUGUCUGUUCCAGUGCGGAGGCAGGAGCCCUCCUCUCCUGACAGGGAUGAAGCAGCCCUGGCUUCCAACUGGCCCCCCAGGCCUUCCAACCCCCAGGACCUCGGCCGUGCGGACCACAAGCCCUCGGUCAUCGUCACCCGGCGUCGCUCACUCAGGAACUCCUUGACGGAAAGCUCGGAUCAGAAUGGCGGCACAGAGGGGGAUAAAGACGACGACGGCAAAAAGUCCAAACGGCGUCCCAGGCCCGAGCCUCUCUUCAUCCCGCCGCCUAAACCGGGCUUAUUCAUCGCCCCUCCAGUCUACUCCAGCAUUACGCCCUACCAGAGCCACCUACGGUCCCCUGUUCGCCUCGCCGACAACCCCCUCUCCAUGCCACCCUACACGCCCCCGCCGAUCCUCAGCCCCGUUCGUGAAGGCUCUGGCCUCUACUUCUCCACGUUUCUUUCUUCUGCAGCCGCUGCAGCCAGCGGUCAGGGUCUGCCGCCUCCUGCGACGCCCAAAUCAGCCACACGCAGCCUGUUGCGCUCGAACAGCUGCGACAUAACACCACCGGUCCUCUCUGCUAUGAGCGAGGCCACUCCGGUCAGCAUCGAGCCACGGAUAAAUAUCGGGUCACGGUACCAGGCGGAGGUGCCAGAGCUGAGGCAGCGGUCCGCUGUUGAGCUGGAUCAGCAUCGAGCGGAUCUGGUCUGGGUUCCACUGAACGAAAUGGAGGAAAAACCCGACUUCCACAAAAAAGUGGAAGACCUCAUGCACCUGGCCUGCUCCAGUGUUUUGUGUGGAGGCGGCACCAACCAGGAGUUAGCCCACCAUUGUCUUUACGAGUGCAAAGGGGACAUAAUGGCCGCUCUGUCUCUCCUGAUGCUGAUGAACCCAAUUUUCCCCAAGUCUCAUUAUCUGUCGAACUACCACUACUCAGGAUCAGACAGCUGGACAGCAGCUGAGCGACGCCAAUUCAACAAAGGCAUCUCCACAUACAAGAAAGACUUCUUUAUGGUGCAGAAACAGGUCACCACUAAGACCGUGGCGCAGUGUGUGGAGUUUUACUACACGUACAAGAAACAUGUCAAGAUCGGCCGCAACGGGACGCUGAUCUACGGCACGGCCGAGCCUCUCGACAGCAAGACAACUGAGGAGGAGACGGACCAUAAGGGCUCUCACAGACUGGAGCCACAGAGGGAGGAGGACAGCAGGAAGUGGGAAGGGUCAGCUGACAGGAAACAGGAUGUCGGCUCCAACAGAGUGACACACACGCUGCAGUCCUCUGAGAAUCCUGCGUCCGUCCUGAUCAUUAAAGGCCAGGAGGACGUCGGGAAGGACCAGUCUCUGUCCCGGGUCAUCCACCCGCCUCAUCCACCCCCUCCCACCUCCAAACCACACUACGAUGGCAACACACGCCGGACCAGCCCUUCGACAGGCAACAAAGGCUCAGCUGCCCAGGAGGGAGAGUUCCCCUGCAAGAAAUGUGGCAGGGUUUUCUACAAAGUGAAGAGCCGCAGCGCCCACAUGAAGAGCCACGCCGAGCAGGAGAAGAAGGCCGCCGCGCUGCGUCAGAAGGAGGCCGAGGAGCGGGCGGCAGCAGAAGCGGCCGCCGAAGCCGCCGCCGUCCUGGCAGCGCGGCAGCAUAACGGGACACGGCAGGUGGGCGGGGACAGCACCAACGACGACUCGUCAGGUGGAGAGGACGAGGACGACGAGGACUGGCAGUAACCCCGCCUACGCAGCCCGUAGCGCGGCUUUUUUUUCUACUUUCCGUACAGCGGAAGGAGGAACGUUUUUAAAAAAGAAGAAGAAAAAAAAACCUUCCUGUGAACUUUUCUGUAUAUUUUGUGGAACAAGAAGACUUCCCUCGCUUGGCACAUUCAGGGACAGGUUUACUGGUGUAUGUGUUUUUGAGUGUGAGUGUGUGGACUGGCUGAGUGUGUGUGUGUGUGUGUGUGUGUGUGGGCGUGCGUUUGUGCGUGCUUUCCAAAACACCCCUUUACUCUGCUUAAAAAGCUUUUCAAGAGUUACCUCUCUUGGUCACAGGGCUCGGUCAAAUCAAAGCCAUGGCGCCUCUCUCUCGGUGGCGUUGUCCCGCUCUCCAUGCCAGGCCGCGGCCUUCCUCAGCACUUUCAGAGUCACGCCCUGCUUCGUUCGACAGGUGUGGAACUUUAAAUUUUUUUAAUUUUUUGGACCCUUUUUCUCUCUCUAUCUCGAUGAGCCACAGCUUGCCCUCGCUUAAAGCUGCAUCCCAGGCCGACGUUUUGGGGCGACAUGAACACUGUAAUGUCGAUCUGAAAGCCGGGAGAGGUGCGGCGAGGCAAGGCGAACAAAACCGAGGGGUCGUGCCGUUCAAGUCUCUCCGCUCUGGAUGACGUGCAAAACUGUUGCCUCUCAUUUAGCCGCUCUUCUGCACUCUGCCGAAAAGCUUUCUCAGACGCAUGAUGUGCACCGAAAAUGGGUUCCCUCCCUCUCUCUCUCUGUGAGCAUUGUUCAUACGGGCUUUAGUUCUGUGAAUCCCCCCUCUGCCCCUCAACCUCAAACCUUCCUCCUUCAGCCCUCGUCACUUUUUAUAGUUCCCAGUUUGUUCCUCACUGUUGAUGCCUUGGAUGUUUUGAUGCUUUUUAUCUUGAAAUGACAAUCAAUUUUACACUGUUGGUGUUGUUUUUUGUUUUGUUUUUUAUAAAUAUAUAUAUACAGGUAAACGUUACUCUUUCUGCCUGUGUAGCUCUAUAUGGUUAUUGUUGUUUUUGUGAAUAUUCUUGUUGAUGAUUAUUAUUAUUAAUAUUAUUAUUAUUAUUAUUAAUAUUAUUAUAUCCAAGUUUUGGCUGCAAUUUAAUUGAGCGCUUUUUUCCGUACUUGUCUUUAUCUGUUUUGUUAUGUUUCUUUUUUUUCUUUUUCUUUUUUAAUUUAAACAAAAAACAAAAAUAAUGCUACUCGCUGCCUGUUUAUAACUGUGAGAUUUUUAUGGAAGCCAGAAAUGAAGAAAAGGCAGAAAUGUAUGUGCAAUAGAACAAAUUGACCCCCAUGUUACCAGAGCUUCUGAGCCCUGCCCCCUCUCUCCCCCUUUCCCCUUCUCCCUCUCUGUGCCACGCUCAUGACCGGCUGCUCUGGAUGCCUCGCUGUCAACCCUGUAACUGAUAGCAGGUACUGACUCGUACUGUUCAAACCGCAGGUCGCUAUAGAUACACAUGACGAAGCGGGAAUGACAACAAACAGCACAAACAAAUUCAUAAACACAUUUUUAUUUUUAUUUGGAACCAGACAUUAACAUCUAGAAAAUGUUCACUAUAUACCGACGAGUUCACACAGACUGUUAAUAAUUGCUUAUUUUUUGUCAGUAAAUUAUUUAAAGACAUUAAGAGACACUGAGAUAUUUCCUCUAAACCAUAUUAAUGAUGAUUUAUGAAGAUUUUGAGCUAAAAUGAGACUUUUCCUCACUUUUUUUAGAAAUUCAAACUGCAUAUCAAACAUCUUUUCUACCUUUUAGCAGCUCAGCCAGAGUUUACACUUUCCACAGACUGCUGAUGAUUGUAAACAUUCUUGUCAGUAAAUGAUUUACUAACAGGCAUCAAGAGACGCUGAAACAUUGUUCGCUUAGUAAACAUACUCGGUGCAGAUGUUUGAAUGCUGAUAUGAGACCACAUAUCAACAUCUAUGACACAUUUUCUACCUUUGCAAUUCAGCAAUUCAGAGUUUUACUUUUUAUGCUUUUUCACUGAGUGUUAAUGAUAGUAAAUAAUCCACUGACGAAAUUUAACCAACAGGUAUUAAAAGAGAAAAGAAGCAUUAUUAGCUGUAAGCCACAAUUGAUUGAGAAGUUUUUGUCAGUCCAAGAUUUAUAUUUUCAGACUGAAGUCACUAAGUUGUUGUGACACUAACACGCUUCGUUGAAACCUUGAGUUAUGUGGGUCAGCAGUUACUGAAGUGCACCGUGACACAGCUCAUGUAUGCAAAGGGUGAACAAUUUCAUGCAAAAAAUAGUCAAAUUUACAUGUAGGUUUCAAAUACAUCGUGGUGGUUAGGAAGGUAGUUCUUAAUAUCCGAGGUGGACAGAACUACCUGGAUGUUAUUAAAGACCAAUAUUGGCUCAUUAGUUUUCUGUUUAACUUCAACAUGUGUAUCUAUGGUCGCCUUUUUUUCUGUUUACCAUGUCGCUGAUAGGAGGCACUGAAUCGGACUGUGUAAACGGCAUGUUAUGAUGUGUCUAUCUCUACAUAUCUCUACGUUAAGCCCUUCAGCCCCCUCGGGGAGCCAGCUUCUGUUGCCGUAGCAACAAAUGGGUUAAAAGGUUAUUUUCCUUCCAAGGACUAACCAUAGUGUAAGGGUGGUAGGAGGGUUUGGGAGGGGGAAAGAAGUGGAUCCUAUUACCAGUUACUCCACAAGUUAAACUCGGGUCUAUGCACAGACUGUUUGUGUGUGUACGUGUGUGUGUGUGUGUGUGUGUGUGUGUGUAUACGUGUGUGUGAGGAGAUAUGCUGGUAAAAGUAUGUAUGUGUGUGUAUGUGCGCGAGAGUGCUUUGAGGUCAAGUGUUUAAAUGUACGCCAGUCAAUGGAAAAAAAAAAGGUUUUGCAGACUGUUCACAUGUUUGGUAUGUUAAUUUAUAUUUCCUUUUUAUUUGGGCUUGUCUUGAGGUUCUGGCGUGGGUGGGGUGGAGGGAUGGGAGGGGGGAUGUUGUUUCACGGAAAGUUUUAAAACCGUUCGACAUAAACAACAGAAAUUAUGGAUGAAACUGAGGCCCACGACACAAACACACAGCUGUAACAACCUUUCCUUACUUCAUCCAGUCAAUUUAAGGGAAAUUUUAAGGGGACAAAUGGUUUAUUUAGCUAAAAGAUUAGAAAAUAUAUAUGAAUGAAAUUCUAUGUUUGCAUACUUUCUAUGCUAUUUUCAUAUGGGGUUCACACUAAUGAUGAAAAACAGAAAGGAAUCUCAAAGUGCUUUUUACUACAGUGUAACUUAUUUGUUUCAAUUUGAUUUUUACCACCUGUGUUUUUAGUAAUGAUUUAUGAAGCACUGUAUAUUAAAGUUUUAAAAUAUUAA